CCCACCUUCAAGACUAAUAUGUAAAUUCUCGCCAACAGUUUGGAAUGGACACAAAUGGGUCAUCCACAGCUCCAGAGUCUCCGGCUCCUGCAGAUUUGAUUCUUCAGCAAAGAAAGGAAGCUCUGCAGGGGCUUCCGCAACCGAGCGGAGAUGGCGGAGGCAUUUUGUCUCAACUCUCUAGUAACCCUUUCUUCACAGCGGGUUUUGGUCUAGCUGGUCUAGGCGCGGCCGCAACAUUCGCACAACGAGGCCUCAAGCACGGCGCAGCACUGAUCCGGCGGCGCAUGCUGGUCGACGUCGAAAUCAACAUCAAGGAUGACUCAUACACAUGGUUUCUGCAUUGGAUGACAAUAUACCAACAAUCACAACUAAACGGAGCUCGCGCGGCCGCCAAAAAUGGGAGCGAGAAAGUCGGGUUGGUGGAGACCUUGUUGCGCAAGUUUACACCUGGAAUGCGACAGCUGUCCAUUCAAACACAAAAGGUUGAACACUCCAACGGCGCGAUUCAUACGAAAUUCACGCUUAUACCUGGGACCGGGAGGCAUAUUUUACGAUACAAGAAUGCGUUUGUUCUUGUCAACCGUGUUCGCGAAUCUUCGUCGCGGGAUCUGCAAUCAGGUCGGCCAUGGGAAACGGUCACAUUGACUACGUUAUACGCGCAUCGGCAUAUUUUUGAAGACAUGUUUGCCGAGGCACAUGAGGUGGCUGCCAGGUCACACGAGGGAAAGACUAGAAUUUACAACAGCUGGGGCGCGGAAUGGCAACAGUUCGGCCACCCGCGGCGGAAACGUCCGUUGGAGUCGGUGGUUUUAGACGAUGGCAUUAAAGAAAGAAUUGUCGAGGAUGUGAAAGACUUUCUUGAUAGUGGGCGGUGGUACUACGACCGUGGAAUUCCUUACCGCAGGGGCUACCUCCUUCACGGCCCUCCUGGCAGUGGCAAGAGCUCGUUCAUACAGGCAUUAGCAGGGGAGCUAGAUUACGAUAUCGCGAUUUUGAAUCUUAGUGAGCGCGGUCUGACAGAUGACCGACUCAACCAUCUCCUCACAAUCAUCCCCAACCGGACUUUGGUUCUACUAGAGGAUGUUGACGCGGCCUUUUCCAACCGCCGAGUCCAAACAGAGGAAGACGGGUAUCGCGGGGCCAACGUCACGUUUUCUGGUCUCCUGAAUGCGCUUGACGGGGUAGCUAGCGCAGAGGAACGCAUUAUAUUUUUGACAACGAACCACGUUGAGCGGCUCGACGAAGCACUCGUCCGUCCUGGUCGUGUCGACAUGACAGUACGCCUGGGCGAAGCCACUCGCUACCAAGUGGCAGCGUUAUGGGAUCGAUUCUACGGCGAAUUCGAUCCAAACGGCGCCUAUAAGGAGAGAUUCCUAGACCGACUUUCGGGACUCGGACUCAUCGAAGAUGGGAAUGGCCAGAAGGCUGACCAUUCCCGGACUGUCAGUACUGCUGCUCUCCAGGGCUUAUUCUUGUACAAUAAGGGAGAUAUGGAAAGGGUGAUCAAAUCAGCCGACUUGCUAGCGCAGCCUAUUUACAAUUGAUUCAUGGGAAUGCCUGUAUUAUAAACGGAUUUUGUUCUACUGUAUAGUAAAUACUCUUUAAUCUCUGACAAUUACACGUCAGAUGACGACAAUAAUUAGACUCAUAGAAUUAUCUA